AUGGAAUGCUCUAUUUGUUGUGAUACGACAGAACUUUUGGAUUUGCAAUGCAGUUGUCAAAUCUGUUAAUGCUGUAUGUUAAAAUCAAUUGAUGCAAAGUAUUAUGAAGUGAUUGAGGAAAUUCAUUGUCCUGGUUCAUGUUAAAGCAAACAUACAGUAUAAGGAUUAAUGUAAAAUUUGGGAGGAUUGAAUAAUUUGUUACUUGAAAAAUAUAUGAAAACUACUUAAGAUAUUAGAAUAUGUCCAAGAAAUGAUUGUUAAUAUGGUGGAAUAAUAAAGAAUAAUUGUUAACAAUUUGAAUGUGAAUGUGGAUAUUAAUUCAAGUUAAGAGAUGAAAAAUGGAAUUUAAGAAGCAUAUUUUUGAAUUUUAUCACAAUUAAGGAUUGUCCUAAAUGUUAAAGAAGAAUUUUUAAAAAUGGAGGAUGUAAUCAUAUGACAUGUAAAUGUUAAUAUGAAUUUUGUUGGAUUUGUACAUAAAAUUUUAGAGAGCACAAUAAAUUAUUGUGUUCUGCAAAUAUUAUAAUGAAGAUUUCUUUAUUAAUCUUGAUGUUAUUAAAUAUUUUUUAUUCAUUAAGAUUACUUGAAAGUUUUAUGACUGUAGUAUUAAUAUUUGUGAAGUAAUUAUAAUAAUAAUAUUUUAUUUAGGUUAAUAUUAUUUAAUGGCAGCCUAUUAUUCUUAUAUUUAGGUAUUAAUGAACUAUACUAAAUAUCAAAAUUGAAUUUUGAAUGUUCAAAAUAUUAUAGUAAUGGAAAUGAGACAUUUAAAAGAAUUAUAAAUUAAAAAUGGAUAAUGUUUGUUGUACUCAUGAGUUAAUUUAGUCUUCUUUGUUUCUUCUUCUAUUUAUGCUACCAAGAAUAGUAUUAUAUUAUAAUAUUUAGAUUCAUUGAAACUUACUGUCAUUUCUUAUUUUCUGAACUUUCAAUAUUUUUAGUGUUAGGUAUAACACUCUGGAUAAGAUCUAAGAAAUGA